AUGAGUUACCAAGAUUAAUAAACGGGCUAAAAUAUUUUUUAAAAUGUGUAAAAAUAAUUAUCAUAGCUAAAUAAUAAAUACUAGCCAAAUACUUUAUAAAAUAAAUAAGAAGUUUAAUAAGUAAUAUAAAAUAAAGAACCUAAGAUAAAUUAAACUGCUAAUUAUAAUAUUAUUUAAUAAUCUGAGUUUUCGAUAUCUUCAAGCAAAAUAAGUUUUACUUAACCUUUAAUUUAAUAGAUGUAUUUUCUAAAAAAAUAAGACAAUCUAAUUAAUAUGUAAAAAGUUUCUAAAGAAUUAAAUUCUACUUCAGAAAUUUAAAUUAUUAAAAAAAAUAAUUAAAAAAUAAAUUUAAUCAAUCAAUCUAAUAUUUAACGACAAUAAUAGAAUAAUUAUAAUUAAAAUGUUUUUUGCAUUAUAUGUAAAUAAAAAGAUAAUUCUAAUUGUUAAGCAUUGUUAGUAGAUCUAUAAAAAAUUUCUUACCAAUACAAAGGACACUAUUGCUUAUAGUGUAUAUGCAAUUGCUUUUAAAGUUAUCAGUAAAGAUUAAACAUGUAUAUAAAAGCCCUUUAAUUAAAUCUAUUUUAUUGCUAUAAGUGUGGAAAUCAAUUUUUUGAUAAAACUAUAAAAGAUAAAAUUUUUAAGUGUUUAGAAAAAAGUAUUUUAGAAGAAAAAAUAUAAUGCUAAAAAUGUAAUUUUUAUAAUUUAAUCAAAGUAUAUAUAUGA